UCCGGCGGUGUCGGCGACCAUCGCUCUCAUUUAGGGGAAGUCUCUGCCCCUCAGGGCUGGGUAAGGGCGGUGGAGGGGACGGUGGCUUAGCCGCCGGUUCCCUGGCACGUCCCACGCCGCCCCGCCUCCGUGCCCGCUGUCCGUCUCGGCGACGGAGCGAGGGGCAGAGCGGAGCGGAAUGGCAGAAAAUGAGUUCUUAGAAGAAAAAACAUUCAAGCAGCAUUGUGCAAAAUUUAUUAAACAUUCAGAGGAAAUAGGUGAUGGAUGGGAGUGGAGAAAUUCAAAGGACUGCUCUGAUGGCUACAUGAGCAAAACACAUUUCCAGACUAGAAACAGGACUUCUGUGACUGAACAGCUCUCUCCUCAAGCUGAGGAUGUAAUACCACCACCCUUGGACUAUAAUACCACAGUCCUGGAUGUCCUUGGAAAUGGCCUUAAAGAAAAUAAAGAUGGAUUAGAGCAAGUGUUCCUGGAGGAUUUCUGUACUGGAGAUGACACAAUUGUCAAGGAUGACUUUGAGAUCUACUCUGAUGACUCUGAAGUGGUUGGGGCUGCUGCAGCAUCAGAAGUGAUUCGAUAUGAGUACCAUGUCUUGUACUCCUGCAGCUACCGAGUACCUGUGCUGUACUUUAGAGCAAGCUUUUUAGAUGGAAAGCCUUUAACACUGAAGGAGAUAUGGGAUGGUGUCCAUCAAUUCUAUAAAGAUCGUCUUCUUCAAGAGCCGUGGAGCACCAUUACACAACAGGAGCACCCAAUACUUGGACAGCCUUUCUUUGUCCUUCAUCCUUGCAAGACAAAUGAAUUCAUGACUUCUUUGUUAGAAAAUUCUGAAAAAGACAACAGGAAUAUAAACUACAUUACAUCGUGGCUUAGCAUCGUUGGGCCAGUGGUGGGGCUGAACCUCCCUUUGAGUUAUGCCAAGGCAAUGUCUCAGCACGAUGCAAAAGCAGAUUGAUCCCAGAAACAACAGGCCACAAGACAGCUGAAGACAAGAAUGCUUCUAACACCUACCUCAAAGGCUCAGGUGAUUGGAUUCACUAAAAGGGAGAAUGCAUUGCCAAGCAUCCUGCAGCCCUGAAUUUGAUGGAAGAGUCAUUUCCAUGUUCUUUUCCUCUGCUUUGACCACAUCCUUUCUUCUGGCCUUAAAGCUUUACCAUGAGACGAAUGUGAACAUUCAUUGUGAACAUGACCAAAGUCCUCUGGUAUAUAAAUUUUUUUUUAAUAUUUUAAAUAGAAAAUUGGUUUUCUAUACUUAAAAUAAUUUUCACCUUUUAUUCUAAGAAAUAAUAAAUCCCUACUUGUA